CCUUCUCUCUUCCUCUCUAUCUCUCCUUUCGCUUCUAACCCCCGCCGGUGUCGAGGCUCGAUGCAACUCACCCUUCGUACACCGUCACGGGAAUCUUUUCAAUGCAUUUCACCGCCAGCUUUCACCUUUCGCCGGAUAUUUCUAAGCAAAUAUUUUUUUAAUAAGCACACCUACCCCUCGCUUCGUUAAUACGCCUCUUUGCAACUUUCUCCGUAUGUUUCUACGUAAGAAAAUACAAAAUUGCAUCCUUCUGGGAGUAUCUAGAUGGAAUGCCCUGAAUUUGAAAAAAACUGAGUUUGUAUAGUCGACGAGUGAGAUUUGAACGCAUCUCAAGACCGUCCUUGAUCAGUGACACGAAGACAGAUGCUUGAUGAGACUAUUAGCAGGAAGGAAUCCCAUUUUGGAAUACAGUUCCGUGUUCGUCUCUGGAGAAGGCAAAGCAAUGGAAUCGCAGAGCGUAAUCUCAGCGAGGCUGAUCAAAGGAGAAAGAGGGAUCGAUGAAGAGCGUCGAACGCGAGCAAGGGAACUUGGUCGUCGUUCGCCUGCACUUUUAACGUCGCCGCGUUUCGUGUCGCCUUCGUCCCAAUUGAAUGAGAAAAAAGAGGGAAAAAUGGGGAGAAAAGGUGGCCCGGCUGUAGCCGUAGAGGAAAAGACGAACGAUAGUAGGAGACAGAGUGGAACAGGGAUGGAGCAUUCCUUGGGGUGUUGCAGCUUAUGAUCAUGCAACGAGAUGGGCGUGUUUUUAGGUUGCUCUUUGCUCCGCCCCUAGUACCGCCCCAUUGGUGGUUGCUGUUACCUUCAACUCGUGACCUCCCUUCACCCUUCUGUCUGCAGUUGAAACCUCCGUUGGGUUUCGCCAGCAGCCACCGCACACACGUCAGCAGCGGCAAACUCGGCGCCUCCAACGGCAAACGGAUCGUUCGUGAUCUCCGUCGAUCAUCUGCCAGGGAUCAGCGAUCAACCAUUUCCACGGCAUCGCGAGGAAAAAUUUUUGUUAAAGAACCGAGGAAAGUCCGAAGUGAUCCGUCGUGUGCUUGGUUCGCUAUGAGAUUACGGAACAAACGGUGAGAGCGACAUCCGGCCGCUGUACACGCGAGCCUAUCGUCUGUGCCCAAUCAACAGUGUUGUUUCGCUAAAAAGGAAGCUUUGGAAGGAUGCAGACGGCAUAGAAGAUAGCGAUGGAUUCUAGGAACGGAUGUUCCUAACGGAGAAGCCCAGUGGUUGCGACGUUUGACCGGAAUGGCUGACAUUUGGACGCUUGGCUACUCUGAAUCCUAAACUUUGCAACUUUCCCAUCGGAGAAUUUCGUUAUUCGGAGUGAAAAAGUUCAAAUCGCAUCUCUAAGUAAUACAUCUGGGUCGUAUCAAAGACUACCGAAGGUUCGGAGGCGUUCGAUCCGUCGAUGUGAUGAACGUGAAUACAACAGAGCAACAGGAAGUAUUAAUCUGCUGAGAGGUUCAGUGUCAAGCGUCCCUGCGACAAUGGCGCACAGUCGAAAAUCGAAGCGAAAAAAUUGAUCGUGAGCUUUCGAUAAUGUCGAUGGCUAAUUUGAGAGACUUUGUUCUAGUAGAUGCCGACCUAUCGAAGGUCGCCGUGUGUCAUCAUAAGUUCCGAUGCUUCUUUGAACUGGUUACCCAGAAGAAGUUUCUCGUUUUGCAAUGUCGCGUUAGACGAACGAACUGCAAGAUCAAGUAGAAAAGACGCCGAUGCUGCAACUUCAUCGGGAACUUUGAACUCUGCUCUGGGAGUCCUGUCUGGGUGAAAGUGUUCAGGAUUAUCGGAGGACCGGAACGUGUUCAGAUCACGGAACUCGAUUCGAUCGGGCUACUACUAAAUUUUCACGUAUUCUGUCUCUAUCAUGCAACCGUUCUCAACCGGCAGUACAAUGGCGACCGAAACACCGACUAGUCUUCCGCCAGAGAGGGUUACUUCACCCGCGCCCUGCAAGAACUUGACCUUCUCCAUCGCUAAAAUCAUGGAACCGGAUAAACGUCUUACCGAGCAGAGCAAUAAUCAACAAACGACACCGCCGCAACCUCCACCGCCUAGCAUUCCUUCGUUAACUUAUUCCGCGCAUUUGGAAUCGGCCUUCAAGAAAUACGUGCCAACGUUGAGGCAUCAGAAUCUCUUGCAACCCUAUUCUCUUCUCUAUUAUCAUCCGAAUUCGUUGUUGAGUGCCUUUCCAGCACCACCGCCCACUACACCCACCGUUCCGCAGAAUUCACCACCACCAACCACCAUUCAAAAAGCUUUCUCGAAAAUGAGCUUAACAGCGAUUUCAGCCGAGAGCCAACGCGAGAAGAAGAGUCCCGGACCACGGAACAACGAACUCAACACGGCGAACAAACAGAAAACGUUCACCUGUCCCGAAUGUGGGAAGGUGUUCAACGCACAUUAUAAUCUGACCAGACACAUGCCAGUUCACACGGGAGCUCGACCGUUCGUCUGCAAGAUCUGUGGCAAGGGCUUUCGCCAGGCGAGCACCCUGUGCAGGCACAAGAUCAUCCACACAGCGGAGAAGCCGCAUAAAUGUCCGACAUGCGGCAAAGCUUUUAACCGAAGCUCGACACUGAACACCCACAGGCGCAUCCACGCCAAUUACAAGCCGUUCGUCUGCGAGUACUGCGGCAAGGGGUUCCAUCAAAAGGGGAACUACAAGAAUCACAAGUUGACGCACAGUGGCGAAAAGGCCUAUAAGUGCAACAUCUGCAACAAGGCGUUUCAUCAGAUCUACAAUCUGACUUUUCACAUGCAUACUCACAACGACAAGAAGCCAUUUUCUUGCAAGAUCUGCGGCAAAGGAUUCUGUAGGAAUUUCGAUUUGAAAAAACACAUGAGAAAAUUACACGAUACCGGAUCACCUGUAUUAAAUAGCCUAGGUACUUCAUCGCAAAGUCACAAUCAACAGUCUGGUUACGCGUCGGUACAGCACGGAGCCGGUGGCCAUUCGUUUGUCAAUCCUUUCUUGCUACCACCUCCUGGUACUACGAGUUAUCUCAGCAAAAUGUUGUGACAAGGCGACGGUAUAAAUUACCCGAGGAAGACACAGUGUCCUUUGAUCCUCGGAGCACCCUGUUACACGGGGGACAUCGGUCAGUUGACGCAACCCUCGAAAUGAAAAGACCUCCAUGAGGAAGAUGUCGAUGAUUAAAACACACAUAUAGAGGGUGAAACUGGAAAUAGACGAAUACAAAUCGUCAGGUUUUCACGAUGAAAGUAAGUUGUUUCCAAUACGGAGGCUAAGAAGAGAUACCAAAGACGCGGCAGAGACUUCGACAAAUGGGGAACGUGUACGUACGUGUUACUGCAUCCUUUCGAGACAACCAACUACCUCAUCUACAGCAUCCAAAUUGUAGGAGAUUAUUUCUGUUUUAUCUUAAGGCUAGUCUCAGGUCUUUUUCGUCAGGAAACGAAAUCAUUUCUAACAAUUUCUUUCGGAUAUCUUGUUUAGAAACUGUUUUUUAACCAGACAGAACUUCAGCACCGAAAUAAAUACAUCUGUAUUGAAAAUUCUCUCGAUCACGAUUGCCAAGUAAAUUAUCAAGCGGUUGAGAAUGAUUCACAAAAUCAUAAUAGAUAGAAAAAUCGUUUUAAAAUCGUUCUAAGUUAAGUAAGCAUAGAAAAAAGUCUUUUGGGAAAAGGAGCUGGCAAACAACGAUAUAGGUGCGUCCAUUUAGAAAAAUUUCCCCGGUACGGAAGUAGGAAUAUUCUUAACUUGGAAAAUCAGAAUCGGACAACGCGACGGCGAGUGUAAAAAUGUCGGGCAAACAGUACGAAUAAUCGAAUUAGACGAUUCGUCGCGGACAAUUCUGCCAGGACAAUGAUAUUUUAACCGAAUGAGCAGUUGCCAGCUGCAAAACACGGAUUGAAUAUGUUGGAGAACGCAAAUAAUCGGUCGUAUAGAGCGAAAUAAACUACACUGGGAGGUAAAUCAACAGAUAGACAGAGAAAUCAGGGAUAUAUAAACGUGUAUUGGCACGAACGUUAUAUUGAACAGCGGAUCCCCCAUGACAUCGGAUUAAUCGACGCAUGAAAGCUCAAUCGGUGGUAUCCUGUGAGAGAUGAUUACUUAUUUAUGUAAAUAUUUGUAAAUAUUUGUACCUGUGACAGAGAGUGAUUUCGUUACAGCGCCAUUAAUAUCGGCGCGCAGGGAUUAUUAUCGACGAUAGAAAUAGAAGAAAGAAAACGAGCGAUAUGGAAAAGUCGUAACGGCUGUGUGUAUCGUCGUGACGAUUCGAUCGAAACGAGAAGAUGAAAAUUUCGCCCGAAUCGAGGCGCGUCUUUUCAUUUCUCUUCUCUCGCGCCGAGGCUCGCAUAGGAGCUUUCUUGCGGAAAUAAGCGUAGAGCAACGUACAGACACGUUGGACGCAUUAUCUUUAUCUAUACUUAGGCGAAAUGUAUAAAUCGGUGUGAUAGUAGCUUUUAAGUGACGCGUAGCGAGAACAUGCAGAAAACGUUGGCCAUUAAUUAAUAUCCGUUGUAAAAUAACGCUUAGGUACGUUCGCGAUCGAUUGUUGGCCAUCGAGUUACACGCGGUCGUUUUUAAGAGCUUUUGCAAUAGAGAAAACGAAGGGAACAGUUGCUCGCUGUUCUCUGUUUUCGUGCGUGUAUUUCAUUUUCAUUAUGCAUUUUUAUUUACCUCUUAUGAUUUUUAAAAUCGUACUAUUUCAGUUUCUCCUCCUCUUUUAGUUUGCAGAAGAUUUUACCGGGAAUUAAACGCAUUCUCUACUGGCUUAUCUUAAUUUCUUCAAUUACUAUUGUUCCGUUUUAUUUUUUGGAACGGUUUUUAAUAUAUUCGAACGCAAUUGAAACAGAUUCCUCCAGGGAGAACUUAAUCGAUUCGUAUUUCAUGUUUCUACCGUACGAACUAGAUAAGCAGCCAUUAACGACGAGGCGAAUUAAUUAAGCAUGAUUAACGGUGAAAAUAAAGAAACGUUAUAUAUGUAGAUAAUCGGUAGAGUAGAUGAAAAUGCAUAUGUAUGUGUCCCCUAUUGUAAAUAUGAAUCGAUCCAAUGCAAUAAAAUCAUCGAUACCAAUGAA